AUGAAAGAUAGUUCUAGAAAGAUCUACCCAUCUGGAGGAACGGCCAAUGUCGAUACUUCUUUUCUUGAGAAAAUUUCCACGAUCCUCGAGAAGAAUGACAUACCGCAACUCUUGUCUUUGAUUGAGACUUCGUCUCUUACCAAAUUAUUGUCCAAUUGGUCUUACUUUGCAUCAAUAAACAACCACAAUCAGUUCAUUGACUUGUCAGUCAAGUUGUCGAAAAUUACCUCCUUGUUUCUUCAACAAAGUUUCAGUCUCGUCCGUCCGCAGAUCAUAGAGUUCUACAAGGAUAUCUUGAACAACCACUUGAAAGUGAUCUACAGAGCCUUGAACAACAGCAAGCCCAGCUUAACCAACCCAAACUUGAGAAUCCUUACCAACAUUGUUCAGUAUGAUGGAAGCUGUGCACAUGAGUUUUUAAACACUUUUGAUUUGACCUUGAACGUUUUGCCCAAUCUUUUGGUUCCAACCAAGACAGAAUUGGAAAACAAAUCUACAAAAGAACAUUUGUCCAUUAGAUACAAUUUCAUACGAUUCUGGCUCACAUUGGCUUCGUCUGUUCCUCAUUACCACCGUAAUGACUUAUUUGCCAACCAUCACAAGAUCGUCAACAAUCUCUGGAAGUUCUUGUAUAUCGAUUCUGUGGCUACUACGAAGUACGUGGUAGAAUUUCUUGACUCCAAGAUCUUACAAGAGGUCAACUUCAAAAGAGCCUCAAAAUGUAAGAUCCUCAAUGAAAACUUCAUGUAUAAGAUUCAAUCCGUUUUUGCUAAGUUGGAGCAAGAAAAAUGGUACUUGGACUUUGUCUACAGAUUAGCCACGGAUUCUAAAUUGGGUUUAGUGUAUCCUCAUGAUUCAUUAUUUACAUCUAGCACUACUGGUGUACCUGUCCAUAUCAAUAACAAGACUUUUAAGAUCAAUAACAAGUUGCUUUACACCUUGUUGACCACUCUUAAGCCCAGCGAGUCCCAUGCAGAAUUGGCAUUUGUCACAAAAAUCCUUGAAGUCAAUCCAGAACUUGUGGCUCCUUACAUGAAUUGGAUGGUUCAACAUGGCGGAGGCUAUCUCGAUCCUUCUUUGACCUCUUGGUGGAUGGCCCACACCUUGUUGUACUCGAACAUUCUUCAAUUGUCGAUAAAUCCUACCCUUUUUGAUAACCAGCAUUCCUCCAAGGUCAAUGUAAGACUUAUACAAGAAAAUGUGUCGUUGGCUCCUAUUAGUAAAUCUUCUCUCGUUAAAUGCUUAGAAUCAUCUAAUAAUCCAUUGAUCAUACAAUUCGCAUUGCAGUUGAUAAUGUUCACUGUUCAAAAACUUGAAUCCUUUAUUGAGAUCAUGGAGCUGAAUAAUCAAGAAUUGCUCGAUUUGGUAUUCUUCAACUUGCCUGAUUUACCAACCAUCAUUCAAGUGUACAACAAAUUCGAAACAGGUGACUCUAAAUUGAUCAAACUUACACUGUCAAUAAUCAUUCAAAAGUACGAAUCUUUAUAUCCCCGCCAGGUCAACUCCGGUUCUUCCAAAUUGGCUAGUGCUGGUAUAAGUAGUAUUAUUAACCAAGAUAUUUCCAAGUGCUCCGGUUAUGAUAUUACUUUGUUGCAUACAUAUCUUUCCAUUCAGGCAAAUCAACAGCAAGAACAGGAAUUAAAAUGGUGGAAUAAGACGAAUGGAUCCAACUCACUCUUCACUUCUUUAGUACGUUUGUCCAGUGAUGGGAGUAUCGGUGAUUCUAAGGCCAAAAUUUAUGACUUACUUGAAAAAUUAACUCAAGACAAGUCGCUUUUCAACAAGGAGUUGAUUGUAUCGCCUCUCUAUGCACUUAUAAAUUCAUUUUCUAGUGACAUCCAAGUCGACGACAAGGUAUGGAAUUUAUUGGAUGAGGUAGUCUCACGUACCGUACGUACACCAUACAAGUAUCUUGAUUUAUCACACAGCAAAUAUGGUGACUGCAGCUUAUUCAUUGUUGCAGUUUUCGAACAAUUCAAGUUCAUAUUAAUGCAAGCAGAUAUAUCUUUGAGUACUAACUGGCUCUUCAACUUCUUGCAAUUAAUGAUUGUUAUUGGACAGUCGAAGAAAUCUAUCCUUCAAUUAUUGCAAGACUUCUUGUUAGAAGAUGAAGCAUUUGCAAUGUUUGUUGAAGAAAAUGACUUGAUGUCCUUACUAGAGUUCAGAAACUUCAAACAAACGUCUGAAGACAGUUUCUUCAAUUUCACCGUUGGGACUCCGUCAAAGGAUCUCAUGUCCAAGCUCAAUAGUUUUGAGAAAAGACUUCCUACUUCAGAUCUUGAUUUUGCCGCAUUGCUUACAAGAGUAAGGUUGACAAUCGAAGAAACGUCAGGAAACUACGAAAAUUUGCUUAUCGAAAUAAUCUCAAAGGUAGGGAACUACUUACUAUCCACCAAGAGUAAGCACCUCCUUGAUUAUAUCAGUUCUGGACACUUCUGGAACCCGUUGCUCAUGAACAGCGUCGCCGAGAACUUAUCAGAUACCAAAUUCUUGUUUGGAGGAUUGUUUAGUGAAGUGCUUGAACAGAUUUCGGAUACAGUUUCUUUGCAAUUGCAUGAAUUACAGAAAUAUUUAUUUGAUUUGUUUUGCAACCAGGAAUCUAUUUCCGUCAGAAACCAAAUUUAUAUUUCUAGAUUUGCAUGGAUUCUCAGUGAUGCACAACUUCUCCAGAUAGUGGAAGGUGAAACAUCCGAGAUUCCGGUAUCAAACGAACAUUUAGUUUCUGUUUUAGCCCAAGAAUGUUUGAACAGAAAACUUCGUAUUGCUGUCGGACUCUUCAAACGUUUGUGUCAAUGCUCGUUGUCGUCUAAAACAAUUCUCAUUCCCCAGAUUGUGGAAUCGGGCUUAGUGCAUUUUGAUGAUAAGGAGUUGGUCAAUAUGUUGGAUGACAUCAUAGCUUCAAAGUCUGACCAUUACUUGCUUAAAAGUUUUUCCACUUCGACAGGUUGGCAAUCACAAUUAGUUAUCCAAUAUUUGAUUGAGCACUCUGAUGUCAAAAAUGAUUACCUUCAGUGCUUCAUUGCUUAUUCCCUUACAAUGUCAGACUGGCAUCCAGAUGACGAUCAAUAUCAGGAAUUUUUCAAGAAAGUCACACCUAGGGCACUUCUGGUCUUGCAAAACGGUAACUUUGAACAGUACAUUCAAUGGAGAGAAUUGCUAUGCAUUUUCGCAAGAGGUGUCGACUAUAUCGAUCCAGACGCGAAGAAUGUCUUGGUUGACACAAUCUUCAAGUAUGUUGAAGCCAAUGGUUACAAAAAUAGUUUCAUUGCAGAAUUCGCGUCUUUGGUUUUUGCGUUGGCUAAAUCAACUGUUGACAUAAAUAAACAAAUAGGCGACUGGGUACAUAAGUCUAUGUUGUACAUCACCAAGAAGUUCGCAGAAAGCUCGCAAUUGUCAUUCAAUUUUAACAACUUCUUGAAAGAGAUGCAAAAAGUGAUUAUUAGGUUACCGGAUUUAUCACUUUCGGUAUGGAAGCUUGCACCCAUCGCAAUUAUGAAUACCCAGUUGGAGGUUCUCUUUAGGCAUUCCCAAUGGAUUAAAGAGGAUCUGUAUGUAGAAUAUGCCAAUAUUGUAAUCAUGACUGCACUGAAGAAUAUCAUUGACUACGAAAAAUUGUUGCAAAUUUUCAUUAACAAUGAAUCGUCCUGUCUUACGGGAUUACCUACGGCCGAAAAUGCAAGAGUGAGGUAUUUGUCAGCUUUGGUCCUUCAUAAUCUUUUCUUCUUUGACAGCGCUACGAAUUCCACCUUAGUUUUACUUGAGAAAGUAAUGCUUUUGUACCUAGGAUCUAUUCAAGCAGCCGAUUUAUUGCUCAAAGACAUUCUUGUGAAGAUUGAAUCUCACAUAUCCAAAUCGUGGAUGGUCAAAGUGGCCAACUGGGACUUCGUUGAAGAAAUGACAAGCAAUGACAUUGAACUAGUAGGUGAAGAAAGAUUAAUUCUUAAGGAUAAGUCUGACUUUGUGGUUUCGCUCAAUAAGAAUUAUGUGAAAAAUACUAUUUUGUACCGCAGGGAUUUCGCAACCAUUCCGAACACGGGCAAUAUCCUGGCUGCUGCUAAGUGGGAUAAAUAUGUUGAGUUCUAUAACAAGGUAGAUGUAAAUGUUGAGGGGUCCUUCCAGUCGACGGUCUAUGAUCCUGAAUUCUUGAUGAUGCUUAUAAUCAAUAACGAUGAAUUGGUAUCAUUCCAAAAAACAGAAGAAACUGCUGAUGUCGCACUUGUUGGUGCCAAACUUAAUAUCAAGAGAUUGAUCGAUUCGUCGCUUUUGCAAUUCAUUGUCGUUCAGCUCGGUAAUCCUCAAGUGAGGAAUAUUUCUCAAAUUUUGCUUGCUGGAGUGUUGAAAUCUCUUGAGCAAACUGAAAAUUUCAAGGAUAAGAAUAUUUUCAAAGUUUAUGUUGCCAACAUUUUGAACACAGUGAGAAAGCAGGAGCUGAGGUUGCCGUCCUUGAAUUGGUAUAUUUAUUCCAGUUUCGUGCCUAUAUUGGUCAAUCCGGGGCAUAUAUUGUACGAAAAAGUGUUUAGAUAUGUUUUGUCUAAUCCUUCUCUUAAACGCAGUGAUAUUCCAUUGUACAUCAGCAUUGUGACGUCGAAGGCCGAUGAUUCAGAUGCUGAGAAUGACGAAUCAUACUACAAACAAAUUACAUGGCUACUUGAAAAGUUGAUUGAAGGAACCGGCACCAAGGAAGAUUUGGAUUUGAUCAAGUUCAGAAGUGUCGUUGAAUGGAUUAUGAAUUUGACAAACUCUCCUUACAUAACCAUGAAGAUCAAAUCCAUGAUCCUCAAGUUCUUGUUUGUUGUGCAAGGCAUCGACCAAGGAUCAGACAUGCUCAUUACCAGAUUUGGCAUAUUGACCAAUUUGGAACAGCUUAUGGCAAACAAUGUCUCCGCAGCAAAUGAAUUGCUUGAAUUUCAAUUGAAAUUGAACAUUGACCAAUUAGUUGUUCGUUUUGGAAUCAGUGUUGGUUCCAGCAAAAGAAUUAAGGAAUGGACAGGCGAUGACUUACCUGCUUAUGUCAAGAGAGUAUGUUCAGAACCAGUUAUUUCAAAGUAA